CAAAGAACACAAGCACCACGCAUACUUAUACUCCCGCUCAGGAGGCGCGUGCCAAGCAUGGUUGGACAAUCUCUUGUCCAAGUACGGAGUGGUAGCUGCUGACUUGCAUACCAAGAUCAGCUGGGAUGAUCUGAAGGCGGCGUGGCAUAAGCGGUUCCAAGUAGAGCCGCCGAAGAUCAAGGCCAUGGAAAAGCUAAUGGUCUUCGAACAAGGCACGCUGCCGAGUGUCGACUGGAUCGUCGAGUACCAACGCUUGACAUCCGUCCCAGACAUCCAAAUGGGCUUCAAAGCCAUCCGCCACUAUUUUAUCUCAAGGUCGUGUCCGACACUGAGCAAUGCCUUGACUCACGUCGAGGACACCUUGACGACAACGGCGGAACUCUUUGACAAGGCCACACAGAUUAUUAUCAUGAACAAGGAGGCUAAGAACCUGCGUUCGUCUGCACCAGGCCCGAGCAGAGACCAACAUCGGCCAAGAGUGGCCGUGGUCGCAGCGGCAACGCCGUUUGACCAAACUAGCGAGGCCGUGUCUGCCAAUGAAGGGGACAGACUCGCAGCCGCCCGGGAAGGUGGCCGCCCCGGCAAAGGCCGAGGAUGCGGCAAGCCGAAGACAAACACCGCAUCUAGCCCCGGGCCCGGCGCAGCAGCUCCAGCCCCAUGGAUCCACUUCGGUCUCUUCGAAACAGCGUACAAAGCACGCACGAGAUUCCACUAUUGCCUAUGGUGCAACAGCGAUCUCCAUAAGAUACUCGUUCCUACGCUGGGUACUCAAGCUCAAGGACAAGACGUGUGUGCGGCAUCUUCUCCGUCCGACAACGGCAACUUAUCGUCUUCAAGUGGUUCUUCACGGGAUUCGGCGCGCGAGUUCAACAUAGAGGUAUUGGACCCGCUCACGUUCGAGGACUUUGCAUGGCUUCCUCUCCCGACCACGGGCCGCUUGCCGGGACCACGAUGCGCAACGCUAUGCGCUCAUAUCCACACGUACUUAUCCUUCUAUGCACCACCAACUUCGCCGACGGAUGAUGAAGUCGCGGUGGGGGACAUCCUUGCGUAUGUUACCAAGGUGGCCCGCGAGUUUCGCAAUCAGCGGUACGAUGACAACAACGCACCGCUACUCUAUGUCCGCAUCCAAGUUGGGCAAGCGUCCUGCACCGCUUUGCUGGAUAGCGGCGCGUCUCGCAAUUUUAUGAGCCAAGCCUUUAUGCAAAGGGCUGGCCUUGGUGCACAAGUUCGAAGGAAGGCAAACCCGACGGCGAUCAAGUUGGCGGACAGAAGGACGCAGCAACUUAUCAACCACUACAUCGAGGCCGUACCGGUGUAUUUCGCACCUCAUGCAUGCGAACCCGUGACGUUCGACAUUUUGGACACGGACUUCGACAUCAUUCUGGGAAUGCCUUGGCUUACAAGUGCGGAUCACACGGUCUACUUCCACCGGCGGACUCUUAGCGUUCGCAACGCCUUCGGCGCUGAAGUGGCGUGUACUAUUCCUCUUCCGCACCCUUCGAUUCGGUGCCAAGUGGUAGUGCAAUUGCUGGACGAGUUCGCCGACAUCUUCGAGUCACCUACCGGUGUGGCGCCGGAUCGGCCGAUCUCUCACGAGAUCAUUCUUGAGGCCGGUGCCGUGCCACCGAAAGGUUGCAUCUAUCGGAUGAGCGAGGAGGAGCUUGAGGUCCUCCGCGCACAACUCGACGACUUGUUGGCCAAGGGCUGGAUCCGCCCUAGUAGCUCCCCAUAUGAAGCACCGGUUCUCUUCGUCCGGAAGAAGAACAAGGAUUUACGAUUGUGUAUCAACUAUUGCAAGCUCAACGCGCAAACCGUAAAGAAUGCGGGGCCUCUUCCUCGCAUCGACGAUCUUCUUGAGCGAUUGGGCGGCGCGAAGCAUUUUUCUAAGUUGGAUUUGAAGUCCGGAUAUCAUCAAAUCUCGAUGAGGCCGAACGAUUGCUACAAAUCCGCAUUCAAGACGCGGUACGGGCAUUUUGAGUUGGUGGUCAUGCCUUUUGGCCUCACCAACGCCCCGGCGACCUUUCAAGCGACAAUGACCAACGAGUUACGUGCAAUGUUGGACCGGUUCGUGCUGGUCUACUUAGACGAUAUUCUCAUCUAUAGUCGAACAUUGGAGGAUCAUCUUGGGCAUUUUCGACGAGUGUUGGAGACGCUUUGCUGCGCCAAGUACAAGGCCAACCGCGACAAGUGCGAAUUUGUCCGGCAAGAGCUGGAAUACUUGGGCCAUUUUGUCACACCGGAGGGCAUCAGUCCGCUAUCGGACAAGAUUCAAGCCAUCCAAGAGUGGCCGGAGCCACGGAACGUCACGGAUGUUCGUUCCUUCCUUGGCCUCGCCGGCUACUACCAGUGUUUUAUCAAUGGUUACUCGAGGAUCGCGGCCCACUUGACCAAGCUUCAAUGCGAGCAUCGACCGUUUGACUUCGGAGAGGAUGCGCUGGAAUCAUUUUUGGCUCUCACCGCCCUCUCCUUCCAGAUGCUCCACGUGAACAAUGUCGACUCUCAAGGUUGAGCGCACACGACACCUCACAUGAGAGGACUCAAGAUGGAACUCACAACCUCAUGGUAAGAAGUGAUGAAGGGGUAGAUAAGGUUAAGAGC